AGAGAGAGAGAGAGAGAGAGAGUGAGUGAGUGUGUGUUUAACAUCCCUUGGAUGGAGCUGAAGGCAGAGACAGGACUUUAAUGCUGUUUUGUAUGUAUUCCUUCCACAAGGUUCCUCUCAUUAAAGUGCCAUAGGAUUUCCCUCACUGAUUUGAAACCAUUGCUGCAGUUUGUCUCUCUGCUUUCAUUAACCAAAAAUACAAGCUGCUCUUCAGUUGAUGCCAUAGAAGCCUCUUUAGAAGUAAAAUACAGCUGCAAUCUGAAAAGAGAGGAGAGGUUUCUAGUGGCCUUUUCCUUCCAUCCAUCUUUUUGUUGCCCUCACCUUCGGCCCCAAAAUGUGGGGCAGACGACUGUGGUGCCAUUUGGCCCAGCAGCCUUCUGUCGUUCGGUGGCUUUGUGUGCCGUUCUUCGCUCGCUUUCCUGUGUUCUCCUCAGCGGCUUCGAAGCGGUGCUACACGCCUCAGCCAGAAAGGAAGCGGUUUUACCAGAAUGUUACCAUCAGCCAAGGUGAAGGUGGCUUUGAAAUCAGUUUGGAUCACCGGAAGCUGAAAACCCCUCAGGCCAAGGUCUUCACGGUGCCCAGCGAGACCCUGGCUCUGGCAGUGGCAAAUGAAUGGGAUGCUCAGCAGGAAACCAUCAAGCCCUACACCAUGCACCUGACCACCUUGUGCAACACGGCUUUGGACAACCCAUCACAGAGAACCAAAGAUCAGAUUAUCCGGGCAGCUGUGAAGUUCUUGGAGACAGAUACUAUCUGCUACCGAGUGGAAGAGCCCCCUGCCUUGGUGGAAUUGCAGAAGAAUGAGUGGGACCCUGUAAUCGAGUGGGCUGAGAAGAGGUACAAUGUUGUGAUUGGCUCAUCGACCAGCAUUAUGGGUCCCAGCAUCCCACAGAGCACGAGGGAUGUCUUUGUUAGCCACUUGGCAUCAUAUAACUUCUGGGCUCUUCAAGGCAUAGAAUACAUGAUAACUCAACUGAAGUCUCUGAUCCUCUCGAUGGGUCUACUGGACAAACACUUAACGGUGGAGCAAGCAGUCCUGCUGUCUCGCCUGGAAGAAGAAUACCAGAUCCAGCGCUGGGGGAAUGUGGAAUGGGCCCAUGACUAUGACCUGUACGAGAUGCGUGCUCGCACUGCCGCCGCCACACUCUUUGUUCAUCUUUGCACAGAGAGUGCCACCAUCAAGCACAAGCUGCUCCAGGACUAAGGUUCUUGGGGUUGGGAGGGGUGCAGGAGGUGGAUGGACUGAAGAAGAUCCAGAGCCAAAUGGCUGAUGGUGAGGGAGACCUCUAAUGCAGAAGGACAGUUCUGUACUCUGCUGAGAAGAAAUUAAGAAUGGGUAGGGGUUAAGAGGAACCUCUUCCUGUACACCUCUUCCAGUUGGUUUUGGUUUCAUGCCCUGGAUGACUACAUUGCAGGCCGCAAAAGUCAUGUUUCCAAGCUCACGUCAGACCCUAGCAACUGAAAGAAUCUUUGCUAAUAGAUGAGGGAAAGAUCUCUGCCUGGAGCCUUCACACCUCACUGCCAGCCAGAGAACAGUAGGUGAUACCAGGCUAGAUGGGCCAAUGUGUGACAAGACCAUCAGAACUGUAUUCGCACCUCAAAGUCAGUUGGUCAUUUCAUAGGAUUUUUCAUAUUAAUUUCCCCAUCUUCCCCUGUAAUGGUGGAGGGCUGUGUUGAUCAGACUACAGCGGGUGAGUGC